AUGGCCAUCCUCAAGUACAUCAACCAGCACUACGACGUCGGGUCCGAAUCCAAGCUGAUCAACUCUCACCUGAAGAUGGCCCUGAAGAGGGCGGAAGCCUCGGGGAAGAUCAAGCACGCCAAGGGGGGGGUCGGCGCGUCCGGUUCCUUCAAGCUGGCCGACAAGGUCGAGAAGCCGAAGAAAAAGGUCGUGAAGAAGGCGAAGUCUCCCAAGAAGCCGGCGGGGGAGAAGAAGGCUAAGGCUGCGAAGCCCAAGGCCCAGAAGUCGACGAAGCCCAAGGCUUCCAAGCCGAAGAAGUCGCCGAAGAAACCCAAGUCCCCCAAGAAGACGGCGGCGAAGAAGCCCAAGGCAGCCAAGCCCAAGGCCGCCAAGGCCAAGGCGUCUCCGAAGAAGUGA